CCUCCAUCUGGUGAGAUUCAUUGUGCCGUUGUGAUCAUGGCUAGGGAAAGCAGUUCCCCACCAGAAAACGUUUGUGAAGUAGAGUAUGUAAGCACUUUUUUCACUGAUUUGAUGGAGAAAUGUCGAGAACGUGGACUGAAUAUUGCGCAACAGCCGCUUAGAGUGUACCAAAAAACGGGCUCUAGAAAUUUUGAGAAGUUUGUAGUUGAUGCAAAAGAACGAUUUCAAAAAUUGCGAGAUGAAGGAGGAUCUCCAAAAAUUCUUCUACUGCUGGUUAUUAACGAUCGUAAUGACUUGUCCAUCUAUCAUGGAGGAGCUUACGGUUUGAUAAAAGCCAUAUGUGACAAUAAAUACGGGGUUGCUAGUCAGGUGAUAGACGCCCGUACUGUGAUAUCGGCAGUAAACAGCACGAAAAAAACUGUCUACUACAAUAUCGCGCUGAAGAUCAAUGCUAAACUUGGAGGUGUAAAUCAAGCGGUACUUUUCAACAAUGAGUCAGCAUUAGCCUGGGAUUUUGGCAAUUUCUGCUUUGAACACAAAAAUGCUGCCCAUCCUAGGUCCACUGAGCCGGCGCAGAAGAAGGAAGCAGUAAUGUAUGUUGGCAUAGAUGUCACACAUCCAACUGCUAACAGUGGCAUCGACAUCUCUAUCGCUUCAAUGGUGGCAAAUUUUGACUUGGCUGCUACAAGGUACGCAAAUGAGAUCUUUGCUCAGAUGAAAGGCAAAGAAACCGUAGAAUGCUUUGAUAGGCAGUUUUGCCAACUAAUGACAAAAUUUCGUGAGGUUUGUUGUCUUUGA